AUGUCUUCAAUUAAUUAAGAAUCACAAUUUAGAAAACAUUCAGAUGUCACUGCUAUUUCUUAAUUCAAUCCUAAAGAUUAAGAAUUGGAUCAAUAUUUCGAAGACUUUGCACUUCCUGCUUUAUAAAAAUUCUAGUAAAUAUAAAAUAUAUAUGGUUAGAAGUAAUUUUUCAGAUUAAGACUUCUUAUCUAAUGAAAAGAUGUAAAAUGCUAAUAGUUAUGAAUAAGAAUAUGGAAUUUCUAUAAAUGAUAACUAAGUUAAAGAAAAUCUUUAAACAGCUUGUUUCUAGCAACCAGAACAAAAUAAUACAAAUAUUUAGAAUAAUAGUCAUAUGAAUAAAAGAAAUAGAAGAAUAACACAUUAUAAUGUAAUGAAUUUGUACUAAACCAUUUCAGGAAUUUUUUGAUAAAGAUGUAGAUGAGCAUAAUUUAAAUAAUUCACCUUGUAAAUGUAGUAAAUCACAUUGUUUAUUAUUAUAUUGUGCUUGUUUCCAUAGAAAUAUUAAGUGUUCUGAAUUAUGUAAAUGUUAUGAUUGUCAUAACAAAUAAGAUUAUUCUUAAUUUAGAAAAUAGGCUUUAGAGAAAGUUAAAGUAAAAUAAUAGAGACUAAAACAUGAUGAUGAUUUAUUUGAUAAGGCUACUGUUUGGGGAUGUUAAUGUAGAAAAUCAUAAUGCAAAAAAAAUUAUUGUGAAUGUUUCAUUAGAAAUAAAAAAUGUUCAUCUCUUUGUAAAUGCAAAAAUUGUGAAAAUAAAAGGAGAAUACCUAUUCAUAAAAAAAUAGUCAAAUGUGAACAUUGA